UGUAAAUACUUGGACCUAUAUAUAGUGUUGCGAAGGAAUGAGUAAUUAGUUACUUAAAGCGUUCAGGAUGAUGCACACAGUCGCUUUUUUGCUGCUAUGCCUGCCAGUUAUGGGGGUUUGUAUGGCACAGUAUGAAUCAGGGUUCAACACGCGUGCUGUUAAUCGGAAUUCGGCGACAUCGGCGAGCUAUGGGAUAUUUCAGAUUAACAGCUGGAACUGCGACCCCCAGGAUGGUACACCAACAAACAACGGUUGUGGGCAUCCGUGCUCAGAUUAUGUAGACCCAGAUUUGAGUGACGAUGUGGAAUGCAUCAACCAUCUCAGGAGAGAAUACAACGGAUGGGGUUUCUCGGAUGGUUACACCAAUCAUUGCCAGCAUGUGACGAGUAGCUACCUAUCGGAUUGCGGGAGCAUAAUUUUUGGUUAAAUCUCGUAUGCCCAUUUUCAAAUCAGCAUAUCACUUGUUUGUGUAUA